CAGCGUUAUAUACCGAACGGCUGCCGUACAGUCCGAUCGGUGCCGUCGCCGCGGGUCGCCCGUCUGUUAUUGUAUCACCGCACUCAUUAGCGAGCAGAGCGUUAUCGAGUCUGUUAUCGUUUGGCAAAUAAGAGAUUUCGUCUUCGAAUUUCCCGACGACGGCCGAUCGCCGCACGCAGCGGGUCUGCUGUUACACAUUUUUUCCUCCAAAAUAGUUUGUGUUUUUUCCACCCGUCGGAUUUGUUCGCGCACCCCUCGGCCGGAAAUAGAUCAUUGAUAUUAUAUUAUAGUAUAUACACAUACGUAUUACCCACGUGCACGACCCACCAGUAAGCCCACCGUCGACAUGAGACCGCCGAUCGAGGAGGAAAUCGAAGCUGCCGAAGUGGAAGUAGACGAUGGCCAGCAGACCGCCGUCAUGUUGGUGUCCACCAGGCUGGCCGGAAACGCGGUUAUCCGAGUGGUAAACCGGUGCAACGAGGCGCAAGAGAGCCACAACUUGGACUUGUCCGAAUGUCAGCUGAUGCAGAUCCCUGACGCAAUUUAUCUACUUAUGCAAAACACGCAGCUGGUUACGUGCGAUUUAUCAAAUAACGUAAUUUCAAAACUACCAGUAAAAUUUACCGAACGGUUUCCGACUAUCACAGAGUUAAAUUUGUCUCAUAAUCAAAUCAGUAAACUGCCGGACCAACUAUCUGAAAUGAAGAAUCUUAAAAAGUUGAACAUUUCUUAUAACUCGUUUGUGGAGUUGCCAGAAUCAAUUGCUCAUUUACCAGAAUUAACUACUUUAAUCGCUAACAAUAAUUUUAUUAUUGAUGUCAAUAUUAGGACAUUGGAAUCAUGUUUGAAGAACUUGGAAGAUAUUGAUCUCAAGGAUAAUCCACUUAAUACUUCAACGGUGGAUGCGCUGGAACAAGAACUGCAUUUUAGGGUAAUGUUCACACCCCCCACCGACGAAGACUGGAGAGAUUUAGACAACUGAUUAACAAACACAUACAUUUGACAAUACAGAAAUAUAUUUUUUAAUUAGCUAAUAAAAUGUUUUUAUUCAUUUUUAUCAUUGUUUUUUUUUUCUUAUCAUUAUUUUUUGUAUAUAGUUUUCAGUGGCUUGUUUGCUCCGAAAUAACAAUUCAAAAUAAUUAUUACAUAAAAUAAAUUGGGUCCCUACCCACAUAUCACUGCAUUUAUGCCAUCGUUAUUUUACACAUACAUAAUAUACAUUAGUUUUUUGUAUUUACACACUGAAUAUCGUUAUAAUAUUGUUUUGUAUACAAGCAUAACAAAUAAAUAAAUUAAAUACAAAUAAAACUAAAUAAGAGUGUUUUUGGUAGUAAAUAUAAUGUAGAUUAUUAUUAUUAUUAAGAUAACUAUGGUUAAAUUUACAUUAUAUUGUACAUAAACCAAAGAGAUUAUAUUUGUAAAAAAUGACAAAAAAAAAUACAAGUUAUAAACGUCGAAAUUAUGUCGGUCGCAUGAACAUGUUAUUACCUAAAUUUUUAUAUUACUUACAUAAUAAUAAUAAAAAACACUGUUCUACUAUUUGUCUAUAAAGUAUUAAAAAACCUAUCGAAUAAUUA